UUACGUCACCCUGCAUCCCGAAUCGGUCGCAGCCAUUUUCCUCCGCGAAAUAAACUUCAGUCCCCCAGCAGCAGGCGGAAACAAGCCGAACACUGCGGGCACUUCUCUUGCCAAUGUCGGGCGUAUCGCUGUGAGCCACCGGCGACCACGGACCCGGUGCUUACGUCCUCACGACCCGGCUGGACCUCAUGGCGUAAUCUCACUCCUCGCCCAAACUCCCAGACGUCUCUUGCUGCCCUCUGCCACUAGAGGUAGCAGGAGGACGAACACAGAGGGAAGUUGAGUGCGCCCCCCGGAGGCAGCAUGGAGGCAUCGCGGCUCGGAGCAGAAGGGGAUUGUGGUAUGUCCAGUCUGCUGGUGCCCAGUCCUCAGAGCGAGGCCAUGACCCACGAGAUGGAGGAGCUGUCCCUGCAGCCCACACAGGCACUGCCCCCUCUCAACGAACGCAAGAAUGUGCUGCAGUUGAGGCUCCAGCAGAGACGCACCCGAGAGCAGCUGGUGGAUCAGGGCAUCAUGCCGCCUCUGAAGAGUCCAGCUGCUUUCCAUGGACAGAUCCGCAGUCUGGAGAGGGCCCGGACGGAGAACUUUCUGAAGCACAAAAUCCGCAGUCGUCCGGAGAGGGCGGAGCUGGUCAGAAUGCACAUCCUUCAAGAAACCGGAGCAGAGCCGUCAUUACAAGCCACACAGAUGAAGUUAAAGCGCGCCCGCCUGGCUGACAACCUGAACGAGAAGAUCGCUCAGAGACCAGGGCCCAUGGAGCUGGUGGAAAAGAACAUCCUGCCCGUGGACUCGACCCUCAAACAAGCCAUCAUAGUGGGACAGGUGAACUAUCCCAAAGUGCUGGAUGAGGACAGCUGCGAUGCCCUGUCCCCUGAGCAGCCGGCCAGUCAGGAGUCCCAGAGCUCUGUGCCAUCACCGGGGGACAGUCGCGCACCAGAGACGCCCUCUGUGGUCCAAACUGCGCCACAGCUCCCAACCACCAUCCUCCAGGCUGUUCCUGUGACUACUCCAACAACAACUGACUUCAUCAAACCGCUCUUCACCAAUGAGCAGCUUUCUCCAACUGUCACAGUGUCCCCACCCACUACCAUUACUAUUCCCACCAAACCAGGGCCCACACUCAUCAAGCAAAGCCAACAGAAACCCGGCUCUGACAAAAGCCGCAGUAAGAAAGGCAAAGAGCCCAAGUCCCGUGUGAAAAAGCUCAAGUACCAUCAGUACGUCCCUCCAGACCAGAAGCAGGAGAGCACAGAGGCCCACAUGGACUCCUCCUACGCCCGCCUGCUUCAGCAACAACAACUGUUCCUCCAACUGCAGAUCCUCAGCCAGCAGCAACAGCACUACAACUACCAGACCAUCCUGCCCGCCCCACUCAAACCCGUGGCAGAGGGUCAGGGCAGCAGCACAAACAGCCUCCCCACCUCCAUCAUGGUGUCACUGCCCACCGCCCCCCCUCCACCUCCCCUGCCACCCUCUCGGACCGUCAACACGUUGAGCAACCGCAGGCCUGGAGUGCUGCCCGCCAACCUGGAGGAGAUGAAGGUGGCUGAGCUGAAGAUGGAGCUAAAACUUCGUGGUCUCCCUGUGUCCGGCACCAAGACUGACCUAAUCGAGCGACUCAAACCCUUCCAGGACAGCGCCGCACCUGCCCCCUCACCCACCUCUGCACCUGUUCUCGCAUCUCUCCCCACACCUGUCACUGCCAAUUUAACCACUAUUCCCAUGGAGAUCGCCACUACCACCACCACCUCCCCGACCAUCAUCCUACCCCCUCAACAAGCCCCACCCAACGACCCGAUGACCCCAACCCCUCCCGUGUCCCCCAUCCCGCAGGACGUUGGCAUGCCCGAUGCUCCGGCCGAAAUGCCGCAACUCCCCCGAGUCCCGGAGGAGAAAGAUAGAAGACUCCAUGAGAAGGAACGCCAAAUCGAGGAACUGAUGCGGAAGUUGGAGCAGGAGCAAAAAUUGGUGGAGGAACUUAAAAUGCAACUGGAGGUGGAGAAGAAAGCAGGGAUGAAUUCGGACCCCAACGUCAAGCAAGAAGUGAACAGUAUUUUUACUAAUUGCACAACAGUCCCUAAUUCGAUCCUUAACAAAUCGCAAAUGACUUCCAACUCUGUCAAAAACGAAAGUGUUAUUUUGUCAAACUGCGUAUCCACCGCAUCCAGUUCGAUAUUGGGCUCCCAGAUAACUACCCCGCUACCUACUGUGGUCAAACUAGAAGACGUGACCGUUUCGCCCACAAAGCCACUCCAAAUUCAGAGCCAACUGGUGACACAAAGGAGUCCCAAGCUCCAAAGUAGACCACUGAAUCAGCAGACUACCCCAGGGCUCCAGCAGUUCUUCAUCAGUCACACAGGAGGGAUGUCUCAGGUGCUGGGGCAGCCACAGACCCUCCUCACAGCCACGGGACAAGCCGGAGCCCAGAUCCUGGUCCCUGUGUCCCUGCCCAACAAUGCCAUUCAGCUGCCUACUACCACAGUCAGUCUGCAGCCACUUCAACUCCAGGCGGCUGCAUCAAACCCACCCCCAGCUCUGGUCCAGACCUCUGUGCCUCAGCUACAGGGCACCAAGAUGGAGACCCCCUCCACCCCACUGCUGCAGACCCUGACCAUGUGCAAUAACAGCAGUGGUUUGGAGAGCCAGACCCGAGCAGACCUCAGCCCCCAGUGCUUUCUGAGGACCUCCCCCGACACCAGGGCAUCUCCUCAGGCCUCCCCCAACCACCACAUUUCCAACGGGCCCCUCAACAAGUCUUCCUCUCCGGGACAGCCCACGUUUAUCCUGCAGCCCACCUCUCUGCUCCCUCAGCCCCCCAAGAGCCGCGAGCCGCCUCGCUACGAGGACGCUGUCAAGCAGAGCCGUAACCUGCUAACCAAUCACUGCACACAGGUUUCCACGGCAACAAGCCAGCAAAUGGAUGACUUGUUCGACAUCCUCAUUGAGAGUGGAGAAAUGGCUCCAUUCCCACAGCAGGAUGCCCCUGUGCCGGUGAAUAAGGCUCUGCCAGUCACUGCUUACAUCAGCACUCUCCCGGUCAACACAGUUCUGUCCAGACCACCCCCUCAGGUGCAGCUGGCCCCUGCCCCGGGCCUGGGUAUGCUGGGGGACCCUUCUCUGUCCCCUCUCCCCCCCUCUCUGGGCUCUCCUCUGUCCCUGAGCUCGGAGCAGCAGCUGGAGGCUCUGCUGGAGGGCACGCUAGCAGACAGCUCCCCUGCAGACCCGCGUACACAGGGCCUGAUGGAGGAGCUGCAGGCUCAGCUCAUGGAGCAGCAGCCUUUUUCUCCCAUGGACACAUCGGAGCUGUCCUUCUCCUCCUCACCCCCCUCCUCUCUGCACAUGGGCCUGUCUGACCCUGCCCUGGACAACAUGGAGUGGUUGGACCUGACCAUGCCUCCCGGGCCCGGGCCGCUCACCCCUCUCACCAUCCCCUCUGACUUCCUGGACUCCCACGACCUGCAGCUGCACUGGGACUGAGCUGUUCAGAGCCCCACUCACACAAGCAGCAGUUUGCACAGCUUUAAGACAGCCCCACGCUGGGCCGAAGGAUUUUAAAGGAAUCCAUUUUAAAGACGAUCAUCUACAGAGAAUGAGCCAAACAGUCACUACAAGACACUUGUGAACCCUGCACAGCGAUCUAUACUGAACUACUGGACCAGUCUGAUGUGAGGCUGUGUGCCAUAGCACAUGUGUGCAGACUACACAUUUCAAUAAGCAAAUCGACCUGCACAAUGUAACACAAACCUCUGGAUUCCACCAGGUAAACAAACUCAGACAGGUGCAUUACUAUACUGUGUUUAAACACAGACUGCUGACUCAUGUACAUCCACCACUGAUGUUCUUCUGUAAAUAGGACUCUAAGUUGCCACGAGCAGCAGGUGGAAUCCGGGAGUUAGACAGGACCAACCCUCUUUCAAAGCCAUGCACAUUUAGUCCACAGUGUGCAUAAUAAUCUGUCACAUGACUAUUUAGUGACUAUAGUGACCCCAGGGUCCAGCUGAUCAACCAAUGACUGUAAAAAGCCUGGACAUUACCCAGACGACAAGAGGAGCCUCUCCUCAUCUUAUGUGAGCUAUGCACUAAACCACCUCACAAUAUUGAAAUGUGAAGCAUAUCCAACAGCAUCCAACCAUGUGAUCAAACUGAUGUGAUCGACUUUAUGUGGCCAAUGCUCCAGUCUAUUUGAAUGUAUCAAAUAACUAAAGUACUUUACUGUUGGCAGCUUUUCUGAGGGCCUCAGAGGAAAGGGAACAAAUACAGACAUGUGCAUCAUGAACAUUGUGCUGCACACAGAGCUAACUCUGCUCUGCUGUGGACACUGGCCUUGUCCUGCUUUGUCACAUACUGGGACUGCAUGUUGUUGUCAAAUAGUGACAUGAAAUGCCUUUACAGCACACACUUAAAUCUGAAGGUUUUGCAGAUUUCCACACUAUGGAGUGAUAUUGGAAACAGGUGUUCAAAUGUAGUACAGUCCCUCUGAAAACAAAGCCAGGAAAAAGGGAGUGUUUCUGAGCACAUGCGCUAGUGUGAGCGAGCUAGCAUGAUUACAUGUGUCUAUAAAUAUGUAUCCGUGUGGAGUGGUCUUCUGUCUUCUGCAUGUCCCUGUGUGUCUACUCCGUGUGCAUGACUGUUCAAUAUCAGGCUGCUCUGUGCUCCUGAAGACUGUUUCUGUCCCACUGUCCAACGCACAGUGAACUAAGAGGGCUAUGCUCCUUUUCAAUCAUCACAUCUAAAUAUAUCUUGUAUCCCAGCAAUGCAUCAUAUCACUCUACUGUAUACAGACACCAAAACACAAAGCACUGGCCGUACAGCAUUCUCUGGUCUGCUAAAAUCAUUUAAACUAAAAAAUAAACAAAUGCAUGCAACAGCAAGAAUGUCACAUUAAAUUCUAGUGUUUUGGUUAAUGUGAGAAGAAACAUCACAAUUAUGAUUAUCUUGUCACAAUGAUGAUGCAGUGACCAAAUAAUUUGAAAUCAAUAAUUCAUUUUCAUUUGCACAGUCUGAUAGAUUCACAUUUCUUCAAUUAAAUUUGUGAUUAAAAAAGUGUAUUGAUGUGAUAUAACGCACCUUAUAUCUACAUACACAUUUUUGGGGUAUAUUUUAAAUUUGUAUUCAGUUUAUUCUCUCAAUCGUGCGACCUAUGUACUUUGAAGCCUAUAUUAUGUCACUUUUUGAUGGUGCACAUUUACAGAACAAGAACAGUCAUUGUGAUGCAACAGGCGUUUUAAAGGGCCCAUAUUACGCUAUUUUCUGAUCUGUUAUAAUGUUUUUUUCAUCACAAACAGACCUGGGGUUGUGUUCUGUUUCAUUCACAAAUGUUUAACACACAGUUUAGGCUGAGUUCUUCUCUCAAACGGAAAAUGCUCUGUUCCACGUCGUGAUGUCAUGUGGUAACACAGUGGAGCACUUCCUGUAUUUUUAAACUCUCAAACUGUCCAUCUCUACUGAACAAAACGUAAAACGGAGCUGUUAGCUUAAUAAAAUAAGCACUUCAUGACAUCACAAGGUGGAACUAAGCAUUUUGAGCUUUGGAGAGGUAGACUCACUAAUAAUAAAGUGUUACUCAAACAUGUGUGAAUGAAACAAAACACAACUCCAGGUCUGUUUUUGAUGAGCUAACAUUCUAACACGGCUCACAAAAGUCCAGUUUGUGUAAUUUAGGACCUUUAACUGUAAACGUCUUAUUUGUGACCACUUACGUUUUCAGGCAUUAGGGGGCGCCACUUAUCACCACAGCACAUAUAACAUAUUUUGACAUUUGCGUGCCACUUUAGGUUCAGUCGAAUCCAUUCUAGCUGAUCUGUAUUCACUUGAGCAAUAAUGUCUCUAAACAGCAAAAAGAAGAAAAAAAAAAAUGGCGCCAAAACUGGACAAACUACUUUUAGCUUUUGUGUUGUGUCGUUUCAAUGUCGCUAUAUCUUAGGAAAUCGUUUUUGAUAUCCGUUGCCAAAAGCAGGCCUUGAAAUGUAAUAUCAAGUUUUGUUUUCAGAAAUAUUUUUUUUUUAGCGUUCACAAUUGUUGCUUCUGUACAAACGGCGUUGUCAUGUGUAUCUGUUUUUGCUUGUGGUUUUGAAUUCUGAUUUUAGACGUACCAAACCACAGGAAGUGUAAAUGAUCGCUCACAGUUGGACCGUGGUUAGGACGGGGCAGGGACAGCUCAUUGCAAUAACGCCAGUGGUGGAAAAAGUACUCCCGUUUUGUUACUUAAGUAAAAGUACAAAUUUAGGAACAAAAAAUAUCACGUAUCAUUAUAGAUCUACUUAGAGCCAGAGUAUGUAACUUUCUUAGCCAAAAAUUAUAUCUUUUUUUUAGAUUUUGGUUGUAUUUAUUGCACUGAAAAACAUGCGUCUCUACAAACCUGACUCUUAUUUGGAAAUGUUGUUGUUUUUGGUUUUAAUAUUCUCUAGUAUGACAUAAAUGUAUCUAUCUCCGUGAAGAAUGUUACGAAGUAUGUUUUUACCUUUCUGUUUCCAUGGAGUCAUGCAAGUGACGUGCCACAAAGUUACAUACUGUACCUUUUUUAAGUAAAAGCAUUGUACACAAAAAUGUAGUAGGAAAAAGUAAAAAUAUUCCAGACAGAUUUUGAAAAACUGUUAAAUUGUUAAAUGUAGUGAUAUUGAUUUUAAAAAAAAAAGUUAGCAGAUUCUUGAUUAUAUAUUUUGGUUUGGUCAAAGCCGGGACUUGAACUCAAAAUCUUAAAUCCUGUUGCCAUGAAUGUACCAAAAAUAACUUGAACAUCAUAACAAGUACUUUGUAAUUUACUGGAAUUAGACUGAAAAAAGUAAAAAAUACCUGUAAAAAAGUAGAGAUACCUGCUCUUAAAUGUAGCAAAAUAAAAGUAACUUCUCCACUGUAAAAUGUACUUAAGUAAAGUACAGAUACCUAAAAAUGUUACUUUUACUUUUGUACUUUUCUUACUUUCCACCACUGAAUAACACUGCUCUCUUUGAUAAACUGUACUGUCAGAUACUGCCUUGGUUUUAUCUUGUGUUGCUGUUUUUGUAUCAAUAAGCCUUUGUGUUGCGUUCAAAGGAUUUCUUAUUGUCUAGAUAAAACUGCACGGGACAGGAAGUGGCAGCUUCAAACUUGGACCAGUACAUUUUUAGCAGACUCCUGUCCCAUAUGUAAACAGUAUAUGUGGGGGGUAUAGUACAUAGAUCUAUAAUAUGGUCUUCUUAUACUUCCAUGGUAUAGUAUCAGCAGCACUAUGGAGGCAGCAGUUAGCAUCUGUACAGUAGUAUUUGGUGGUAGCCCUCUGUAUCUCACCGCUCAUGCCACGCCUCUUGUUGUUUGUAUGCCAUAUGUUUUGCACAUUGUGUACAUAUUUCUAUAGAUGUAAUGCAUAUUUUUAUACAUGUGAAACAUCCAUGGCUCUCUAUUUUGUACAUAAUCUAAAAGAUGUAUAUAAUAAGUACUGUAUGCCUUUAUGUGACAAUAAAUCAUUUGGUGUACUGUGA